CCCAAAAUUUCACCCACAGAAAGGUCAUGCCCGAACCGAAGAUGAGCGUCCGUAAAGGCUCCAAGGUUUGGGUCGAUGACAGGGAUAUGGCUUGGACAGCCGCGGAAGUCUUCGACUAUGUCGGCAAGCAAGUCCAGGUCCUCACGGUUUCGGGAAAGAAGGUUUUGGCUUCCCCGGAGAAGCUGUUUCCGCGGGAUGCGGAUGAGGAAGAGCACGGCGGAGUUGACGACAUGACGAAAUUGACGUAUUUGAAUGAGCCUGGAGUUCUUUACAACCUUCAAAGGAGAUACGCCCUCAAUGACAUUUAUACAUACACAGGAAGUAUUUUGAUUGCUGUAAAUCCAUUCACAAAGCUUCCUCAUCUAUACAAUGUGCACAUGAUGGAGCAGUAUAAGGGAGCUCCAUUUGGCGAGCUGAGUCCUCAUGUCUUUGCCGUAGCUGAUGCGUCGUAUAGGGCAAUGAUGAAUGACGAUCGAAGCCAAUCUAUACUGGUCAGUGGAGAAAGUGGGGCUGGCAAAACUGAGACUACAAAACUGAUCAUGCAGUAUCUUACUUAUGUAGGAGGCCGAGCUGCUGGUGAUGACAGAACUGUCGAGCAGCAAGUUCUUGAAUCAAAUCCACUUUUGGAGGCAUUUGGUAAUGCAAGGACUGUAAGAAAUGACAACUCAAGUCGUUUUGGAAAGUUUGUUGAAAUCCAGUUUGAUGCGAAUGGUAGAAUAUCAGGUGCUGCAAUUAGAACAUACCUAUUAGAACGAUCCCGUGUCGUACAGAUAACAGAUCCUGAAAGGAAUUAUCACUGCUUCUAUCAGUUGUGUGCAUCUGGAAGGGAUGCAGAAAAAUAUGAGAUAGGUCAUCCAAGUCAUUUCCAUUACUUAAAUCAAAGUAAGACCUAUGAACUAGAUGGAGUAAGCAGUGCAGAGGAGUAUAUUAAGACUAGAAGGGCAAUGGAUAUUGUUGGCAUUAGUCGUGAAGACCAGGAAGCCAUCUUUCGCACUUUGGCUGGAAUUCUGCAUCUUGGUAACAUUGAAUUUUCUCCUGGGAAAGAGCAUGAUUCUUCAGUCUUAAAGGAUAAAAAAUCAACCUUUCAUCUGCAGCUGGCUGCUAGUCUUUUCAUGUGUGAUGCAGAGCUCUUGCUAGCAACACUAUGUACUCGUUCAAUUCAAACCCGUGAAGGAAGUAUUGUUAAAGCUCUUGAUUGUAAUGCUGCUGUUGCUGGUAGAGAUGCACUUGCCAAAACUGUUUAUGCUCGAUUAUUCGACUGGCUGGUUGAUAAAAUUAAUCGGUCGGUUGGGCAAGAUUUGAAUUCCCGAGUACAAAUUGGAGUCUUGGACAUUUAUGGUUUUGAGUGUUUUAAGGAUAAUAGUUUUGAGCAAUUUUGCAUCAACUUUGCUAAUGAAAAACUUCAGCAACACUUUAAUGAGCAUGUAUUCAAGAUGGAGCAGGAUGAAUACAGCAAAGAGGAAAUCAAUUGGAGCUACAUUGAGUUUAUAGAUAAUCAAGAUGUUCUUGAUUUAAUUGAGAAGAAACCUAUGGGCAUAAUUGGUCUCUUGGAUGAAGCUUGCAUGUUCCCAAGAUCGACACAUGAAACCUUUUCAACCAAGUUGUUUCAGCAUUUUCGCUCUCAUCCAAGGUUGGAAAAGGCAAAAUUUUCAGAAACGGACUUUACCAUUUCUCAUUAUGCUGGAAAGGUUACUUAUCACACAGAUACCUUUUUAGAUAAAAAUCGUGAUUAUGUUGUGGUAGAGCACUGCAAUCUGUUGUCUUCUUCUAAAUGCCCCCUUAUCGCUGGUCUUUUCCCCUCACUACCGGAAGAAUCUUUGAGAUCAUCAUACAAAUUUUCUUCUGUGUCCUCAAGAUUUAAGCACCAACUUCAAUCGUUGAUGGAGACACUCAGCUCAACACAGCCACAUUAUAUACGUUGUGUGAAACCAAACUCCUUGAAUCGACCACAAAAGUUUGAGAACCUGAGUAUCCUACAUCAGCUGCGCUGUGGGGGUGUUUUAGAGGCUGUUCGGAUAAGUUUAGCUGGUUAUCCCACACGAAAGACAUAUUCAGAAUUUGUGGAUCGAUUUGGGAUAUUGGCUCCAGAGUUCAUGGAUGGAAGUUAUGAUGAAAAAGCCAUCGCAGAGAAAAUUCUGAAGAAGUUAAAUCUUGAUAACUUUCAGUUGGGUAGGACCAAGGUUUUUCUUAGGGCUGGGCAAAUUGGUGUUUUGGAUUCCCGUCGAGCUGAGGUUUUAGACAGUGCUGCAAAGCUUGUUCAACGUCGAUUACGAACGUUUAUUGCUCGCAGAGAUUUUAUUUCAAAUAAGGCCGCUGCUUUUGUACUCCAAGCUUACUGCAGAGGAUGCCUUGCACGAAAGAUGUACAUUGUAAAGCGAGAGGAAGCAGCUGCUCUAUUAAUACAGAAACGUGUCCGAAGGUGGCUUUUGAGGCGGGCAUAUUUGCAACUCUAUUUAGCUGCUGUUACCAUACAGUCCUGCAUUCGCAGUUUCGCAACUCGCCAGAGAUUUUUACAUGGGAAAAAGCAUAAAGCUGCUACUUUAAUCCAGGCUCGGUGGAGGAUGUGCAAGGUUCGAUCAUCUUUCCGCCAUGACCAAAAUUCAAUUAUAGCAAUACAAUGUCUUUGGAGGCGAAAAUUGGCGAAAAGAGAGCUCCGAAAGCUUAGAAAGGAGGCAAAUGAAGCUGGUGCCUUGCGUUUAGCUAAGACAAAACUUGAGAAGCAGCUGGAAGAUCUGACUUGGCGGUUGCAUCUAGAGAAAAGAUUGCGGGUUUCUAAUGAAGAGGCCAAGUCAGGAGAGAUUUCAAAACUUCAAAAGAUGUUGGAAUCAUUGAACCUUGAGUUAGAUGCAGCAAAAUUGGCGACAAUCAAUGAGUGUAAUAAGAACGCAGUGCUCCAAAAUCAAUUAGAAUUGUCUUUGAAGGAGAAAUCUGCUAUGGAAAGAGAACUCAUAGCAAUGGCUGAACUGAGAAAGGAAAAUGCGUUAUUGAGGAGUUCUUUGAAAACUCUAGAAAAGAAGAACUCGGAUCUGGAGACUGAGCUUCUCAAGGUGCAAAAGAACAGUAAUGAAAUGAUUGAGAAGUUGAGGGAAUUUGAAGAAAAGUGUUCCCAGCUUAAGCACAAUGUAAAAAGUCUUGAAGAGAAAGUAUCACUCUUAGAAGACGAGAAUCAUAUUAUGCGGCAAAAAGCCUUGAGCAUGUCUCCAAAAAGCAAUCGUCCAGGCUUUGCAAAGGCUCAGCCUGAGAAGAAUUCCGGUGCACUUAUUCUUGCCCAAACUGAGCGGAAGUUGGUAUUUGAGACACCCACACCUACAAAAGUUGUGCCGUUUUCACUUGCAUUGUCGGAAUCACGCCGAUCAAAAUUGGCAGCAGAUAGGCAUCAGGAGAACUAUGAAUUUCUUUCAAGGUGUAUCAAGGAAUAUUUGGGGUUUAAAGAUGGCAAACCGUUGGCAGCUUGUAUUAUAUACAAAUGUCUUCUUCAUUGGCAUGCUUUUGAGUCUGAGCGAACAGCCAUUUUUGACUAUAUAAUUGAGGGAAUAAAUGACGUUCUGAAGGUUGGUGAUGAGAACAUUACGUUGCCAUAUUGGCUGUCCAAUGCCUCAGCACUUCUAUGCCUCCUUCAAAGGAAUUUAAGAUCAAAUGGUUUCCUGACUACAACUCCUCAGCGUUCUGCUGGGUCCACUGGGUUGGCUGGCAGGAUUGGGCAUGGGCUGAAAUCUUCUUUCAAAUAUAUUGGGUUUGAAGAUGGUGUAGCGCAUGUCGAAGCAAGAUAUCCAGCUAUACUAUUCAAACAACAAUUAACUGCUUGUGUAGAGAAGAUUUUUGGCUUAAUUCGUGACAAUUUGAAGAAAGAAUUGUCUCCGCUGUUGGGCUUAUGCAUUCAGGCACCAAAAACUUCAAGAGUUCAUGUUGGAAAGUCAUCCAGAUCGCCUAGUGGUGCUCCUCAACAAACGGCUGGUAAUCAGUGGGAGAAUAUAAUCAAGUUUCUGGACUCUCUUAUGAGUCAAUUACGCGGAAAUCAUGUACCUUCCUUUUUCAUCCGUAAGCUGAUUACCCAGGUGUUUUCUUUUAUUAACAUAUCAUUGUUCAACAGCCUGCUGCUGCGACGUGAAUGUUGCACAUUUUCAAAUGGGGAAUAUGUAAAAUCUGGUCUAGCAGAAUUGGAGAAAUGGAUAGUUAAUGCAAAGGAGGAGUUUGCAGGAACCUCUUGGCAUGAGCUAAACUACAUCAGGCAAGCUGUUGGUUUUCUGGUAAUUCACCAGAAGAAGAAGAAAUCUCUAGAAGAGAUUAAGCAGGAUCUUUGUCCGGCAUUGACCAUCCGGCAAAUCUAUCGAAUAAGUACUAUGUACUGGGAUGACAAAUACGGCACUCAGAGCGUGUCAAACGAGGUGGUUUCUCAAAUGAGAGAAAUUUUGAACAAGGACAACCUCAAUCUUACCUCCAAUUCAUUCUUGCUUGAUGAUGAUUUGAGCAUUCCAUUCUCCACUGAAGAUAUUGAUAUGGCUAUUCCUGUCAUAGAUCCUUCAGAUAUUGAACUACCAAGUUUCUUGUUGGAGUACGCGUGUGCACAGUUCCUUGUUCAGCAACAAAAGUAGAAGCUUCCUUAAUUUCACUGGAAUUCUGCCUAAAGCUAGUAGUGUUAAAUGUACAGGAUAACGUAUCUAUCUCUCACUUUAGUAUCCUUUUGAAGUUGAUAUCCGCAAGGGAACACCAGGCCGUUUUCCAGUCGAAGUGGAAAAACUGGCCGUCUCAACGUCUUUCAUCAGAGUCACGAGGGGCGACCAAGUUUGGUAAAUGUUAUUGCAAGUAAAAGAUGAAUGAGUUCGAGAGAGAGAAAGAAAAAAAAAAAAAAAAAAAAAAAAAAAGAGAGGGAAAAGAUGGAGGGGUUCGUUAUGCUUGACGGACGUACUUCAUCUGCAUUUGUAGGUCUAGUUAGUUGUAAGUCAUUAGAAAUGGCUAGUCAUUUUUUCAAUUUUUUUAACCUUUCCCAGUGAGGAGAGCUUCCUUUUUUCAUUAAGCUCAUCAUGUAGGUUGCCUUUUUGAAUUAGGACAAGUACUUUAUCGCUGUGUUGUAUAUUUCAUGUUUUGUACAUUGUACGCAAAGGGCUGGAAAUAUGUUCAUUAUUGUAUAUUUGUUGUAAUUGACAAGUUAUGCUUUGAGUUUUAUCAACACAUUGGCUUAUUGAUAUCAUUUGUUUUAUCAACACAUAUUAUCA